AUGGCCACAGAGGAUAUGAUUUCCUCAAGUUCACAGAGAAAGUCAGCCACAGAUUCAGAUCUGGAGCUCUCAUCUUCCGACCACCUGUGUUGUGGACCCCAGCCUUCUACUUCUGCUCAUUGGUUUGUCACUCAUGAGUCAGCACAGGGACAGCUAGGAGGUCCUUGUUGCUGCAACCACAGCCCAGCCAUUCCACUUCUCGUGUUCUGAGCUCAGCCACAGAAAGAAAUUGGGAAAGGAUUGGGAAAAAUGCCCUGCCCAUCCGAAAUCCAAGCUGCGUUUAUUCUCUCCUCCUUCGUGACCUUUUUCAGUGGACUCCUCAUCUUAUACCUUUUCAGGAUACUCUGGAUGCACUUUGAAAAAUGUCAAAACUUCGAAGGAACAGGAAUUCUGUUGGAACUAUUCUUGCAAAAGAAAACCUCGAAAAAACCUUUAAAAAGAUUCCACUUCCAAGGAGUCUUUCGUGACCGUAUAGAAAUGUUGCUCUCGGCACAGACCUUUGUCGGGCAGGUGCUGAUGAUCCUUGUCUUCGUACUAAGCAUUGGGUCUCUCAUAAUCUAUUUCAUCAACUCUUAUCACCCUGUUGGAAGCUGUUCUUCAUAUGAAGACAAAACCAUCCCUAUUGACUUGAUUUUCAAUGCUUUCUUUAGCUUCUAUUUUGGGUUGAGAUUUGUGGCAGCUGAUGACAAGAUCAAGUUCUGGUUGGAGAUGAAUUCAAUUGUAGACAUCUUUACUAUCCCACCAACUUUUAUUUCUUAUUAUUUGAAGAGUAACUGGCUAGGUUUAAGGUUCCUAAGAGCACUGCGGCUUCUGGAACUCCCUCAAAUCCUGCAAAUUCUACAAGCCAUCAAAACCAGUAAUUCAGUGAAGUUUUCCAAGCUGUUAUCAAUAAUCCUCAGCACCUGGUUCACAGCUGCAGGAAUCAUUCACCUGGUGGAAAAUUCUGGUGAUCCCUGGCUUAGAGGUAAAAAUUCACAGAAUAUAUCUUAUUUUGACUCCAUUUACCUGGUGAUGGCAACAACGUCAACUGUGGGCUUUGGAGACGUGGUAGCCAAGACAAACCUGGGGCGGACCUUCAUCAUGUUCUUCACGCUUGGGAGUUUGAUACUAUUUGCGAACUAUGUCCCUGAAAUUGUGGAACUUUUUGCUAACAAGAGGAAAUACACCAAUUCCUACAGGGUAGUCAAAGGAAAGAAGUUCAUCGUGGUCUGUGGGAACAUUACUGUUGACAGUGUGACUGCUUUCCUGAGGAAUUUUCUCCGCCUUAAGUCAGGGGAAAUUAAUACAGAUAUUGUUUUCCUGGGAGAGGUCCCUCCUUCUUUGGAAUUGGAAACCAUAUUUAAGUGCUACAUGGCUUAUACAAGUUUUGUUUCUGGAUCUGCACUCAAGUGGGAGGAUCUGAGGCGAGUUGCGGUGGAGUCUGCUGAAGCAUGCCUGAUUAUAGCCAACCCUUUGUGCAGUGACUCACAUGCUGAAGACACUUCAAACAUCAUGAGGGUUCUUUCUAUCAAGAACUAUUACCCUCAGACCAGAAUCAUCAUACAGAUACUUCAAUCCCAUAACAAGGUUUACCUGCCAAAGAUUCCCAGCUGGAACUGCAAUGCUGGGGACAACAUCAUCUGCUUUGCUGAGCUGAAAUUGGGGUUCAUUGCCCAGGGCUGCUUGGUGCCAGGCUUAUGCACCUUUCUUACCUCUCUAUUUAUUGAGCACAACAAAAAGGUGACCCCUAAACAGACUUGGCAGAAACAUUUCUUUAAUGGCCUGAAGAACAAAAUUCUGACUCAGCGCCUCUCUGAUGAUUUUGCUGGAAUGAAUUUCCCUGAAGUUGCCCAGCUCUGCUUUGUGAAGAUGAAUCUCAUGCUGAUAGCCAUUGAACACAAAGCCGGCAUGCACAGUUACAGUGGUCUGAUACUAAAUCCAUCUGCACAAGUUAAGCUGUGUAAGAACACAAUAGGGUUCUUUAUUGCUGAAUCUUCAAAGGAAGUCAAAAGAGCCUUAUUUUACUGUUCCACCUGUCAUGCUGAUGUGAAUAUUCCUGAGCUAAUUGGAAAAUGUGCCUGCAAAAUCAAGAACCACCGCCAGAAUAAUAUAGGGUCAUCAGUGGUAGUGAAAGUGAAAAGCAGCACAAGGGAAUUCACCUCUAAUAUAACAGCACAGGAAUAUUACGGAAGGGCACAGUCAAGCACGACUAUGGUCACAAGCAUAACCAAUAGGGCUUUACCGGAUGAGAGAGAAGAGACUGACCAACUCGAUAGCAGCGGGACAUAUCACUGGUGCAAAUCCGUGUCUUUGGAAAAGGUGAUUCUGAAACGAACUGACAAGACGAAACACGAGUUUCGGAAUCACAUCGUAGCGUGUGUCUUUGGAGAUGCUCACUCGACCCUGAUGGGGCUUCGGAAUUUUGUAAUGCCCUUGAGAGCUAGCAACUACACCCUGAAGGAGCUGAAGGACAUCGUGUUCAUUGGAUCUCUGGAUUAUCUGCAGAGAGAAUGGCAAUUUCUCCGGAAUUUUCCGCAGAUAUACAUUCUGCCUGGAUCUGCACUCUUUACCGGAGAUCUCCAUGCGGUCAACAUAGAGGAAUGCUCAAUGUGUGCCGUCCUGUCCUCCCCAUCCAAGCCCUCGAGCAGCCAGACGCUGGUGGACACAGAGACCAUCAUGGCCACCCUCAACAUCGGGUCCCUGCGGAUCAGCUGCUUGGCACAGACACCCUCGGAGCCAUUUUUUGCAUCCUGUUAUACGGGUCAUGGGAAGUCAAAAUACCGAAGGAUCCCCAUACUAACUGAACUGAAAAAUCCUUCCAACGUCCACUUUAUUGAACAGCUUGGUGGAAUGGAAGGGGGCCUCUCAGGAACAAAUCUGCAUCUCAGCACUUCCUUUUCCACAGGUGCUGUCUUUUCUGGCACCUUCUUGGAUUCCCUCCUGGCCACGGCCUUUUACAACUACCGUGUCCUGGAAUUACUACAGAUGCUGGUGACAGGAGAGAUAAGUUCUCACUUGGAACAGCAUUUGGAUAAGAAUAAGAGCUGUGGGGUGGCCAACAACUACUCAGCAAUCUUUCAUGGAAGAUCGCGGUGUAAGCUGGGGCUUCUGUCCUUAACCCAAACAAUUUUAUCAGACAUUCAACCAAGAGACAACUUUGGGCAAGUGUUCUGUGGCUCAUUAGAUAAUUUCGGAAUCCUGUGCGUUGGUUUAUACCGCAUGAUCGAUAAGGAGGAACGCAACCCAGAACACAAAAGGGAAGUAUGCUAGUUUGUGAUUACCCGGCCACCCAAAGAUUUCAAACUGCUGCCCUCAGAUCUUGUGUUUUGUGCCAUUCCUUACAGCACUUCUUUUUACAAAAAAGAUGCCACAUCUCAAAAUCUGUAUGAGUUUAUAAACCUAGAGUCUGUGACACAACAAAAAUCUCCAGACUUAAAUUCUCCCACAAUGGACCCAGGUACCAAGAAUACAACCUCACCGUCACAUUCAGGAAUGCCGCCUUUAGAGUUGAGUACUAGCAGCUUUUCUUUAUCGAAGCAAACAGCGUUGAAUCAGAGUAGUAAGCUAUCAUUCCAGAUAUAUCCAGAUGACAGCAGGAGGGAAAAUACGAAGGAAGCCACACGGGAGAAUACCUCUGCAUCUUCAAAGCCAAAAUAG